AUGAAGAGCUUGAGAAGAGAUCUCUCCUCUAAUCCACAGGCCUCCAAUGUCGCCAGCAAGGUCUUUGUGAGGUCCACCAAAAGUGGAAAGGUGCAAAAGAUUGUUCGCGAGCUCUAUCUGAGGCAAGACAUUCCUUGCUCCUCAAAGCUUUGCUCACUAUGCCCCUCGAUCGCUCCCUCGGACGCCAAUGGAAACAUUGCGCCAUUCGUCCUCUCCGAUCGCCCCGCCGGCACUAAAGCAUUCCCUCGUGGACAUUAUCUCGUUCCCGACACAAAUGCGCUUUUGAAUGGCAUGGAUCUUUUUGAACAUACCGGCGCUUUCUACGAUGUGAUUAUUCUCCAAACCGUCCUCGAAGAACUCCGCAACCAGUCGCUGCCGCUCUACAAUCGUCUGCUUUCCCUCAUCAAGACCGACGAGAAGCGAUUCUACCUCUUUUUCAACGAAUUCCGCCUUGAGACACAUGUCCGACGAGGCCCGGAGGAGUCAAUCAACGAUCGGAAUGAUCGUGCUGUACGCGCAGUGGCGAGCUGGUACGAGGAGCAUCUUGGCGCAUCGGCGAAGAAGGGCAAAAAGGAAAAGUCCGUCCCUGCGAUUGUUGUCAUCACCGAUGAUAAAGGUAGCAUCAAGAAGGCAAAGGCAGAGAAAGUGACGGCUUUGUCACUGUCAGAAUAUGUCUCUGGUCUGGAGGACUCGGAGAAGCUGCUGGACAUGAUAAGCGAAGCGCGGGAGGCUCGGGACUCUAAGGGCCCGAUUGGACAGCUCUUCUACCCAGAAUAUCUUUCCAUGUCAAAAAUGAUGACGGGAUUGCGGGCCGGAAAUCUUCACCAAGGAACCUUCAAUGUAUCGCCUUACAACUACCUGGAAGCAUCUGUUAAGGUCCCAGCAUUCAACAGGCCACUUCUUAUCCUAGGACGCGACAAUAGCAACCGUGCCAUCUCAGGUGACAUGGUUGUCAUUGAAAUUCUACCACAAGAUCAAUGGAAGUCCCCUUCCACCAAGAUUGUUGAUGAGGAAGCAGUGACUCGGAAUGACAACCCCGAUUCCGAGGAGACCGAGGCCGUUGUUUCACAGAAUGAACGCAAGGCUCUGCAAGAAGAGGUUAAGAAGGCACAUGGCAAGAACUCCGAGGGAAAACCUCAACCAACCGCCAGGGUUGUGGGUAUGGUCAAGCGUGGUUGGCGUCAGUAUGUCGGCCACGUCGAUGCUGGCUCCACUGGUUCCCAAGCCGCCUCAGGUCGCCGUCAGCAGACUGUUUUUGUGUUGCCCAUGGACAAAAAGGUGCCCAAGAUCCGAGUUCGGACAAGACAAGCUGGUGAUCUUAUCGGCCAACGUAUCCUAGUUACUAUUGAUACUUGGGAACGGGACUCUCGGUACCCCACUGGUCACUUCAUCCGAUCUUUGGGUGAGCUAGAGACUAAAGGUGCGGAGACAGAGGCUCUUCUCUUGGAGUACGAUGUACAAUACAAGCCGUUCCCCAAGUCCGUUCUGGACUGUCUUCCUUCAGAGGGGCACGAUUGGAAGGUCCCCGCCACUAAGGAGGAUAAGGGUUGGAACGGUCGCCGAGAUCUCCGCGAUCUCCUCAUUUGCAGUAUCGAUCCUCCAGGAUGCCAGGAUAUUGACGACGCCCUUCACGCCCGUCCGCUACCAAAUGGAAAUUUUGAAGUCGGUGUCCACAUCGCAGAUGUGUCACACUUCGUCAAGCCCAACAAUGCCAUGGAUCUCGAAGCCAGUGUUCGUGGUACCACUGUAUACUUGGUCGACAAGCGUAUUGACAUGUUGCCUCAUCUUCUUGGAACGGAUCUCUGUUCUCUGAAGCCUUAUGUCGAGCGCUACGCCUUUUCCGUCAUUUGGGAGGUAACCCCCAACGCGGAAAUUGUGAAGUCAGAUUUCACCAAGUCUGUUAUUCGCUCCCGUGAGGCUUUCAGUUACGAACGGGCCCAAUUGCGCAUUGAUGACCCAUCCCAGACGGAUGAACUCACCGAAAGCAUGCGUAAUCUUUUGAAGUUUUCCAAGAUCCUCCGCCAGAAGCGUUAUGAUGCUGGCGCUCUAAACCUUGCAUCCCCAGAAGUCCGAAUUGAAGCCGAUAGCGAUGAGGUGGGCGACCCCCUGACGGAUGUCAAGACCAAGGCCAUGCUCGACACCAACAGUCUGGUUGAAGAGUUCAUGCUUCUUGCCAACAUCACCGUUGCCUCUAAGGUCUUCGACUCCUUUUCGCAAACCGCCCUGCUACGACGUCACGCAACUCCCCCACCCCAGAACUUCGAGGAUCUGAUCAACCAAUUAUCAAAGAAGCGAGGUAUGGAGCUUGACGUUUCCAGCUCCGGUGCUCUUGCCAAUUCGCUGGAUCGCUGUGUCGACCCCGAGAACCCGUUCUUCAACACUCUCGUCCGUAUCCUGGCCACCCGUUGCAUGACCUCUGCCGAGUAUUUCUGCGCCGGUGCCCAUGCUGAGCCUGAAUUCCGCCACUACGGUCUGGCCUCGCCUAUCUAUACCCACUUUACCUCGCCCAUUCGACGAUAUGCCGAUCUGCUUGUUCACCGACAGCUCGCCUCAGCCAUCGGCUACGAAGGUGAAGAUGGUCACGCUGUCAUUGAGGGCGUGAACACCCGGGGCAAACUUGAGGACAUCUGCCGAAACAUCAACUUCCGACACCGCAAUGCUCAGUUCGCCGGCCGCGCUAGUAUUGAAUACUAUGUUGGGCAGGCGCUCAAGGCUCGUGGUGAGAAGGUGGCAGCUGGUGGCACCGACUCUGGUAUCGAUGAGGAAGGCUAUGUGAUGCGUGUAUUCGAGAAUGGUGUUGUGGUCUUCGUUCCACGUUUCGGUAUCGAGGGAGUUGUUCGGUUGGAGGACUUUGUCCUCCCCGGUGAGGCUGGCUCUCGGUCUGUUUCGGAGCGCCGUGAAUUGGCAGUCCACCGAACUACUCAUUUCGAUCCCGAGGAGUAUACACUUCGUGUUGAGGAGAAGGGUCACUCCGAAAAGGAACGCGGUGUUGAUGUGGAGCUCUUCCAGAGGGUGAAGGUGAAUGUCAGCUCGGUCAAGGAAGAGGGCCGAGGUGCCGGCAAGAGACGUGUUCGGAUCCUGAUUACUGGGUAA